GUAUACCGAAAACAUCACCAUGAUCACAAAUCUUUCUGUGACCAUGACGCAUCCAAUCAAAAAAUGAACUUUAAGAAGGCUUGGCGCAGAAAAUUCGAAAAAACCUACCUGGACCGUAUUUCGUAUUUCUAGAGUACCUUGAUAUCCGAACUGCACUUUUCCACAACUUAUUCAUAGUGAACGUAAUCCAGGAUAACGGAAUCCGUUUCUUCGGAAUUCGAACAUACAACAACGGCUGGCGAAGACAUACAGAUGGAAGCCAUCACGCACGAAGAGCCCAUCGUGGCAGCGUCGGGAGCUCCAUUGCGCAUUGCCUGCCUCGAACCUUCCGCGACUGCGAUAUGCUUGGAGCUGGGACUCGAAGAAUAUAUUGUCGGCGUCACCCACGAGUGCGAGCCGAUCCUAACUCAUUUUUUUUCCAAAUCAGGGAAGAAGCGCCGGCCCCUCGUGCUGACAAAGUGUGGRUUGACGGUCAGCUCACAGGCCGAUAUCCACCUCGCUGUACAAAAAACAGCCRCCGCCGCGGCUGCCGUGGCAUCCCGGACAGUUUGCCCGAUCCGGAACGAGAAAAACGAAAGUGCCGCCCCACUACCACAACUCUCCACAGAGAUACCGUCCACCUACCCAUUGAUCGAAGAUCGCAUGCAAGCCGCCCGACCAACGGUGAUUUUCACGCAAGAUCUCUGCGAUGUCUGUGCCCCAACCACAGCCGAUGUUCGGCGGUGUCUGCUGAAGAAUAGUGGCAGCAGCGAAGAUGGAGAAUCAUGCGAAGAAGAAAGGAUUGUAUCACUGGUUUCAUUGCAACCUACCGACUUGCACGAGGUAGCGGAUACAUUUGUCACUAUUGCAGAAGCUUGUGGUGUCCCAGAAAGGGGACAACGGAUGAAGCAUGAUUUUUUGAAAAACCUUAAGGCGCUUCAAACAGCAAUCCAGACCAAUAGAAGUAAUAGCAGCGAUUCCUCGACAAUGCCCACAUUGUUCAUUCUGGAGUGGUUGGAUCCGGUCUUCGAUUCAGGCCAUUGGACAUGUGAGUAGAAACAUCUCAGGAACAAAAUUGAACGAAUGAAUUUKAAUUUGAUUCUGGUCUGACAGCAACACCACUCAUUAUCUUUUUUUAUGAUUUUUCAUGCSAUUGUACACUUGUAGAUCAAAUGAUGGAAUACGCUUGUGUGCGGUCUGCUAGGCCCAAGAAAGAGACGCACAAGGCAGUGGUCAUCGAAUGGGACGACGUCUACGCAGCAGAUCCCGAUUUGAUUGUCGUGGGUUGCUGCGGCUUUGAUUUGGAACGAAAUAUUCGCGAUACGCUGAUGAAGAAAGAACAACUUCAGAAGCUUCGAGCGGGACAAAAUCACAGAAUAUAUGCCUCGUACGGGGAUUGGUACAUCGCCCAACCAGCUCCAUUCUUGCUUCAAGGUGUGGCAUUAUUGGCACAGUGUGCCUAUCAAAACGAACCUGGUGUCUUGGAUGCAAUCACCGACUUGGGAUACGAAACAAUAGGUUGGAAACCUGUGGAUGUCAUGGAAACCGCAACUAUCGAUUCCGAAAAAGAAAGACAAAGGAAGCGAUUGGUAAAAGAUUGCGUUAUCGGCGACAUGGAAGAUAUCGUCCUUGAUAUAGACCACCCGGGAUUUGCCAAAAUCCAUGAUAUCGCCUGCAAACAAGGCGAGAUGACUUACACAGACCCCGAAACAGGUUACGACGUCUUUACGAGAAUCGCCCACGAGAAGCGAGGAAAAUGCUGCGGAUCUGGAUGCCGACACUGCCCUUAUUCUCAUGCCAAUGUAAAGAAUAAGGCAGCCAAAAUACAACAGCCGUCUAUACUCUAUAAGCAAAGUUGCGAGGAAACCAAGGAUGGAAAGCUCCCUAUGUUUUCCACGAGUAAUAGCCAAAUCAAAGUGUUAUUUUUUAGUGGCGGAAAAGAUUCUUUUUUGGCGAUUCGAGCACUAGUGAGAAAACACUACGAAGAUGGUCCGUUUGGAUUGAUCCUUUUGACUACGUUCGAUGCCACUUCGCGGGUCAUUGCACACCAAGAAGUUAGCAUCGAUCAAGUUGUUAAGCAAGCGUCUCAUUUAGACAUUACUCUAGUUGGAAUCCCGCUCAGGCGGGGGAGUGGAGAAACAUAUACAGAUCGAAUCCGAUGUGGUUUGAAAGCAAUUCAAUCCUUUAUUCCACUCCAAAGCCGGGUAUCAUCGUUAGUUUUUGGUGACUUGCAUCUAUCGCACGUAAAGGAGUGGAGAGAUAAAAUAUUGGCUCAUUUGGACUGCGAACUAGAGUAUCCAGUUUGGAAGAGGUCGUAUAUGGAUUUGCUGGAAGAUCUUGAAGCAAGUAAGGUUCCCUGCGAGGUGUCUGGCAGCACUCGCGAGGAGGAGGUUCCAUUGGGCACUGUGUUCGACAGAAAGUUAUACAAUAAACUGAUCAAUACCGAAAUUGAUGGCUUUGGAGAAUGCGGUGAGUUUCAUUCUUUGGCCAUGGUGUGGGUAGUUCCUCGGUCAACUGCCUUGGGUCUAAGAGUAGAAUAGAUAAUCAAAAACUGAGAGGCUA